AUGAUAUUGUUCAUUUCUAAAAUAUUACAUUCUUUAUUAUUAUUAUUACUUUUUUUUAAAGAACGAAUUAAAUGUGAUACAAAUAAUUUAAGUUUUCCUGAAUGCGAUGUUUCAAUUGAUUCAGCAAUUUGUAUUAAUAAUGGACAAAAAAUUUUACUACCUGAAUCAAAGCCAUAUGGAAUAUCUGCACAUAUAAGCUUUGAUAGCAUCCAUCCGGUUGAUUCCAGUGGAAACCGUAACCAUGCUAUUGGAAAAUUUUUUGCUUCAACAGGAUUUGGGGGUAUUGGAAAUUCAUCUCUAUUCAGAAAAAAUUACAUUUACAUAAAUCAUUCAGAUGAAUAUUUUAAAAGUGUUGAUUUUUCCUAUACAUUUUUUAUCUAUUUGUUGGAAGAUGAUAUUUCUUUAAAAAAUAACAUGGAUGAAAAAUUUUGUCCAAUAAUACACAAGGGUAUUAUAAAAGAUAAGAUACAGGAAUCUUCUCCUGCUAUAUUAAUAAAUGCAAAAAAUGGAAGAAUAAAAAUAGUUUUAAGUACUUCUUCUAGCAUAAAUUCUGCUGGCGAAGAAUUUUUGAGCAAUUUUAAAUUAAGACAUCAUCAAUGGUAUCAUAUUGCUGUUGUUAGGCAUAUUAAUCAUGUAAGACUUUUUGUUGAUGGAAUUCUUGAUUCUAGUUUUUUGACAGAAGGAAUAACAAAAACAAAUGAUUUUCCUAUAUAUAUAGGAGGUGCACCAUAUUCAAUAGAUGUAUGCGAUUUUCCAUUUUUACUUGAUGAAUUAAAAAUUUAUAACAUAAGUAUAGGUGUAGAUCAAAUUCAAAGUGAAGCAUCAGCAACAUUAAAUGGGUUAGAACCAUCUUUUGUUUAUUUUGGGUGUUAUCAUUGUGAUAUAAAUAGUGCAAUUUUAUCUUGUCCUAAUAAUUAUCACUUAUGUAAUAAAGUGGAACUUUUCAUUGGUGUUUAUAAUAUUAUGAGAAAAUUUUCUUUGAAUAUUAAUAACAUUAUAUUACCCUUUUCUCCAGAAAAUCAUGUAGGAAUAGGAAUUUGUUGUGCAGAUAUAUAA